AUGUCUGACUUGAAAGAUCUAUCACAAAAGAGAUAUUGGGGAGGCAUCCUUGCUCUUGGUGGUGUUGUAUUUAUAUGGGUUUCAUCCUCAUUUGCCAUGAAUAGCCUGUUUGGCGAAAUGGAAUACAACAAACCCUUUCUUGUCACUUACUUGAAUACAGCUACAUUCUCGUUUUAUCUUAUACCACUCUUAUUCAAGAAAUGGAGGCAUACUAGGUACAGCCAUCAGGAUGCAAUGCCAUCAUCACCAGCAAACGAGAACACAAAACUACUGGACAAUCCUAUCAACCACAACAACCAUACAACCACCUAUGCCGCAGUUUCAGAGUCAACUGAUGGCAAUGCAACAGCCAAUAGCAUAACCACCACCUCACACCAUAAGUUGUCCACUUAUGAUACCAUCAAAUUAAGUUUGGGAUUCUGCAUCUUGUGGUUCAUUGCAAAUUACACAACCAACGCCAGCUUAGCCUACACUACCGUUGGAAGCAGCACUAUCUUGGCUUCGUUGUCUGGUCUGUUUACUUUGGGCAUUGGUGCCAUCUUCAAGGUAGAAAAGAUGAAUCUCAUCAAGAUUUUUGCGGUGUUUGUGAGUUUAAUAGGCGUAUCGCUUGUGUCUUACUCUGAUCAUUUGAGUGGAGGGGGUGACGUUAUUGAUAAAGACCCUCUGCUGGCUGAUCAAGGUCAUUACCUAUCUUCAAUUCCUGCACCCCUUAUCGGUGACUUCCUUGCAUUACUCGGUGCCAUCUUUUACGGUUGCUAUACCACUCUGUUAAAGUUGAGGAUUGGCAGCGAAGAUCGUAUCGACAUGUCGUUAUUUUUUGGCUUUGUUGGCGCUUUCAAUGUCUUGUUACUCUGGCCCAUGAUACCCAUUCUCAAUUAUAUUGGUCUCGAGACAUUUCAACUGCCUAUGAAUGCUACAUUGUGGGUCAUCAUUUUGUUGAAUGCCUUCAUUGGUACCUUUUUAUCCGAUUAUUUGUGGUUGCUUUCCAUGCUCAUGACAUCUCCUCUCGUAGUGACAUUGGGUAUCUCGUUAACUAUACCUCUCGCAUUGAUUGGAGAUAUUGUAUUCAAGGGAUUCAUGCCUGGCAUCAAAUAUUCCAUUGGCGCUUUGCUUGUCGUUGCUGGCUUCUUGGCUGUAAACACAGACGCCAUGCAAGAAGCCAAGGAGAAGGCUCAAGAUGAGCUCUUGCGCGUCAGCGAAGAAGUAUAA